AGCGGCAAAGUAUAGAGUCUGGUGACUGGAACAAAUCAUCAGAAGAGAGGGUCAAGUGAAUGCAUGCACCCCCUGCGCAAGGUCGAAGAGGGAGUGGGGACGGGGGAUGCGCGGACAUAGGAUGGGAGGGAGGAAGAGAGAUCAGGUAGUCUCUCUGCUGAUGCAAUUUUAAAGCUUUCAAGUGCAAGAUAUGUUCCAAACCACCAGGAAGAUUUGGAGAAGUGCUCGUCUUCCAUUGCCCAUGGACAGGGACUUGGUCAAGAUUAAGGGACAUAAGUAAUUUCCGCUUUCCAGGCACAUAUGACAAGGUGGUGAUUGUGAUUGUCUCUGCAAACUUUGUGAUUGUCUCUGCAAACUUGUGUGAAGGGUGGUCAUCGGUUAGUGUGACUCUCGUCAAGAUAAGAUCCGGGACGGGUGUCGCUUUCCACCUCCGCAUCCAUCUGUUAGUGUGGGAGAUAAGAGGCUUGUUCCAUAGAGUGGUGGGUCGAAUACAGCAAAGACGACAAAAACUGUCUUGUGGUGCUCGAUCCGGUGGUUUCGCCAGAGGAUAGAACUGCUGCGUGCAGGUGUUCGUUGGAUGUACAUAUGUUGUAGGACUGCUGCGAGCGGAUCGUCUCUGAGUUGCCGGUGUUUGGAAGCGCCUUUUCACCAUCCUUCCUCUUGCGGAAGGAGAAAGAGGGAGAGAACAACAGGGGGAAGAGAAAUAGGGAGAGCAGAAUAGGGGAGACUGAUGCGCGCAGGUGUUCGUUGAAUGUACGGUGCAGGACUGCUGCGAGCAGAUCCUCUCUGAGUUGUCGGUGGUCCGAAGCAACUCCUCCACAUUUGUUCUCUUCGGAAGGAGGAAGAGGGAGAGAACAACAGGGGGGAGGGAAAUAGGGAGAGCAGAAUAGAAGGCAGAGAAGUAGGGAGGAGACGCAAUGAGUGGUUGGUGUUGUAACCAGUCCUGUGUUGGGAGUGUUGUUAGGAGUGAAGGUUUGCUUGAUGAAAAGCUUCGGCUUCAGUUUUGCAGUGGUGGCGACGGUGGUGGGGACUUAGCAGGGACUCUUAGCCAGCCAGUUUUUUCUCUGCGAAGGACUCGAAGGUGGGUUCUCCGCUGUGGGGAGCUCUGCCGAAGACAAAAAUGUCUGUCGACAAAGAGGAAUGCACUGGUCGGGACCGACGGUGAAGAUAGGUAUGGGAAGAAGUCUUGCCGAAGCAAAGCCGAAUCAGGGAUCGCUGUCCGCAGCAGAGUACAGUUGGCAUCGUUCAAUGCGAAAGACGACUGGGGCCAGCGGACUACCUGUGCCGCUGUUGCAGCUGCCACGAGAAGCCCUGCUUGCCGAGGAAGCUGCCCCCUGCUCGCCGAUGCCUGGAAAGCAGCCCGGGACGGUACUGCUGAUUACCACCACCAGUGUGAUGCUUGGCUAAUCUUGCCUCUUCGCAAACGGAGAGGACAAGGUAGCUGCAGGUUGGCCGAUGGCAGCUGCCUAGCGAGGGGUGCUGGCAACAGAAGACAGGUCACUUUACACGAAGGAUUGGUGGAAUGCGCUGUACUUGACGAGGCGGCCGGGGAGGAGAACCCUAGCAUACCUGCUGAUCCUCAGCUGCGACAAUGGGUUGUAGCGGGCGGAGACACAUCGCCUUUUCGUAGUAGUCGAAGAGACCGUGCUCCUGCCAACUCCUUCCUUGACAGUGUGCCAGGAUUGGUUGAUGACUCUUCUGCUUCUUCUUCGCCGUCGUCGUCUUCUCCUUUGUCAUUAGAGUCGGAGUCUGCUGAGAGUUCGUCUGGGUUCGCAUCUGUAUCUGCUGCUGCCGCGACUGCUUCGGCAUUGACGAAGUUGGUGUCGGAAUCAACAUCUGCUUCGGAAGAGUUGGAAGAGGUCGCUGGUUCGAGUCUGGAAGAAAACUAUGUUCUCCUGUACAGGAGAGAAUCUGCAGGGAAAACAAAGCAGGGGCAGGACGGCAGAGGGUUGCCAGCUGCUGCCAGUGAUGAUGUUGGCACUCCCUCUGAGAAUGGGACCGUGGGGACCACCACCUCGCAGAGCUUGGAUACGAUGUCCUCGUCUAAGACCGGUAGUUCGAUGAGGAUGUCGUUGUUCAAUAUAGGUAGUUCAUGUGCCGAGGAGACGACUCAAAAACUGAGGGAUGCGAAGUCGGACGAGGAGUUGUGGAAAGUCAUGGAGGUCUUUGUUGAUGAAGGCACAAUGGCUGACCUCAUGGCUGUUUUUGGAAAGCUCAAGGAUGUCCGGAUGUGGCGGUUGGCUCUUAAGGUGUUCAGGUGGAUGCAGAUGCAAGAAUGGUACGUGCCAAGCGACCGUCUUUAUGCGAAAAUCAUAUCGAUUGUUGGCAAGUUUCAGAAAACGUCCAUCGCUCUGACCCUUUUCAACGAAGCGCAGUCGAUAGGGCUCGCGGAUAAUGUGAACGUCUACGGUGCCAUGAUCUUCGCGUACUCGCGAUCCGGCAUGGUCGAUGCGGCGAAAGCUAUGGUGGUGCGGAUGGAGGAGGAUGGUAUAGUUCCCGAUGCCUUCAUUCGGAAAUCCAUUGCCACGGGUAUGAGUUUCAGGAGUUUGACACGGGGCGCACGUCUGCAGAGUGUGGGAAAUGUGCUGGAGCAGUGGCGUCCAGAGAUGAGUGUGGAGGAAUUGCUAUCUUCGGUUCUGCCGGCCGAGGAGGCGGGGUCGUCGCCGAUGAUAUAUUCGCAAGUGCUGGCCCAUGCGGGGCGGUUUGGAGAUUGCGAGAAGAUGGAGCGGGUGCUGAAGGAGAUGAAGGAGAAGGGGUAUGCUUUGUCGGAGAAGGACUACAACAGUGUGCUGUCCUGCUACAGCCGCCAAGGGGAAGUGGAGAAGAUGGGGGAAGUGUGGGAGCAGAUGCUGGCGAAAGGAUGGCAGCCAUCCGUUCAUUCCUGCACGACGAUGCUUGACGGUUAUGGUCGAAAGCACAUGUACGACGCGAUGGACAAGCUCUUGGCCGUCGUGCAUGCGGCAGGCUUGAGGCGAGAUCAGAUUAUGCUCGAGGUGUUGCUGCUUGCGUUUAUCAGGGGCCAACAAUGGGAUAGGAUGGAGGCGAUUCGCGACGAGGUGCGGGCCCGGGGCUAUCGCCUCGGCGCAAAAGUCUACUUCGUCAUGAUCGAAGAGUUUGCCAAGUGGGAGCGCUACGAUGCAAUGGAGAAGGCUUAUCGAGAAUUGAUUGAUGCCGGAUACCGACCUGACGUGGACACGUACGGAAAGUUAAUCGACGGAUGUAAGGAGGGUCGUAAGUUCGAUCUUAUGGAAGAGGUAAUUGCUGCAGUGCCAGAUUCGAAGAGGCGUGGAAGGAGACAGGUUCAGGAGAGGAAGGAGAAUUACGUUCCAUUGGAAGGCCGGAAACCUUCACCGAGUGGUCGGUGGAAAAGACUCGGCAGCCGGGGACCACGGAGACGAGGACAACAGGAGGAGGUUGAAAUGGUCAAACAUUGAGGGUUCUGUUGAUUGGCCUAGUUUCUGUGUUUUCCUGUGGCUAACCUUCCUUUGCGUUUUCGUUCCAUGAUCUCACUGCCUUGAACUUGAAACUGAAAAGAAAAAAAGAAAAAAAGGUCCAAAAGUAUCCAUUUGUUGCAGAGGGUGAAAUCGGAAAUGACGCCGUUGUACAGAGGGCAAAUUGGAAAUCAAGCCAUUCAUUGCGCGAGACCAUACUUUUUCUGCCCGGCGCAGACGUCAGGCUGGACGGACUCAGUCUGACAAGCAGCGCAAUAGUUUUUUUCGGCAGUGUUUCGAGCCCUUGGAUAUGUUUUUUGAACUUUUUGUGAAAGAGGAGAGUGAUGAUUUUUCUUCUUUUUUUUUUCGAACGAAGAGAGUUGUGAUGUAGUUUGCAACUCAACAUCUAUUUUCUGUCCAUGGUUCUGUACGCCAGUGAAGCAGUAAAUGUUCGGAUAAGGC